AUGUCCUCCGAAUCCCAGCCUAUUUCAGCCGAGCGCUUCGCCUUCGCCAUCCAAGAUCUUCCCGCGGAGAACUUGUAUGCGAAGGCUCAAGAGCUCGAAAACUCGAUAGCUCAUCUCGAACGCUCAAACAAGACCCUCCAAGAAUACAUCGACAGCAUUCGUUCAGAUACAAGCCUUCCCGAGAGCAAGCGGGAGGAGGGUGACAAAGAUUGUUCAGAUGCGAUCCAGGAAAACCAGGUCGUCAUAGAGCGACAAAAGGAGAGGAUCGAGUUACUGAUGCGCGAAGUCGAGCGAAGAGGAGCGGGAUGGCAUGAAAUCAGCACGAAUGGCAAGGUCAACAGCAGUUCAGGCGACAGCGGUACAAAUGGCAGGACAGCAGACACGGAACGGAACGCAGGUGGACGAUUGACUGACGAGGAGCUGAGGCGGCAGAUGAUGGACCGGCUUGGGAAUGACGAGGAUGGCGAUGACCAGGAUGGAAUGCACCUGUGA